UGUGGGCCAGAUUGGAUGGUUCAGUGGGCUGGAUUUGGCCCGUGAGCCGCAGGUUGAUGAUCACUAGUCCAGAGAAAAUAGUUGAUUUUUGAUGAGGCUGCUGGUCUGUCUCUCUGGACUUGACCUCUGGUCAAAGGGUCAAGAAAUGUUGGUGCAUAUUUUCACUCCCCACUCUGGAAAUCAAAUGUAAAUGAUUUCCAACAGGGGGCGCUGACUCUGUGCUUCUUAUGUGUAGUGUUAAAAUAAGACAAAAUGAGUCAAAAUCCAAAACCAAAGGUCACCGAGGACCAACUUUGUGUUUUUGGCUCAUUUUCCCACAAUUCAUUUCACAUUAACCUCUGUUGACGUCUGAUCCUUCUUCAGUUUUGUUUUGUUUUUGGUUUUGUCAGGAUGAAGACACAGCGCAUGUGGCUGCGAGAGCGCCCCCUGCUGAAAGUCACUCCUCUGUCCUCGUCCUUGAAGACAAGUCAAGAAUCGUUCUAUCUCUGCGGCGUUUCCUCGGAGACAGCGACACUUUCUGGGUCACGAACGAGAACUUUGGGUUUUGAGUCGACCCCUGAAAGAGGGAAUCUAUGUCUGGGCCCGGACUGAGUUAUGACGUCAGCGGCGUGAAAGAGAGUUUUUUUAAACCAAUGUGUCUGAGCGAAGUGUCCACCUGUGGCUCCAGACCUGGUCGAUGGAGACCCCCGUGAGGAGGAUCCAGGUGUGGAGGGAGGGUCAGGAUCAGCUCAGGAUGUUUCCUGUCACAGGAUCAGCCGGUGAUUUGGACACAGACGGAGAGAUUUGUGUGGAUGGUGUCACAUGACCACGACAACAGCAGCUCAACAGAACCACAGCAGCUCAACAGAACCACAGCAGCUUCACUGUAAAAGAAUGAAGGACAAAAUCCACAGGAACCACUGGAAAUCUGUGCUGGCGCUGUUGUCCACAUGUUAGUGGAGGUCAUGCCUCUGGUGAAGAGAGUCAUUCAACCUCGUCACCUGUGCCGCAGCGCUGUACCUGAGGGAGGCAGCGAUGAGCUGGAGUUUGUAGCCAACAAGAGUCUGUCGUCCAUCAUCCUGCAGCUCAGCAGUCUCAGUCAACAUGCUGAGAGUGUCUUCAGAGAACUUUUCCACGAAGCCAACGUCUUCUGUGCGCGUGCGAACUCCCUCCAGGACCGCAUCGACCGCCUGGCUGUCAAAGUCACCCAGCUGGACUCCGGUGAGGAGGAAGUCUCUCUCAGAGUCAUCAACCUGAGGAAGGCCUUCAGGAGCUCCACGCUCCAGGAUCAGCAGCUCCUGUCCAACGGCAGCAUGACCGACGCCGUGGCUGACCUGUACAACAGCAGCGACAGGCCGCCUCCCCUCAACACACUCACCGUGUACAGGGAGGAUUCUGUCGACGCCAUGAAAUUCUACUCCGACCCGUUGUUCUUCUUUGACCUGUGGAGGGAACGGAUGCUCCAGGACACGGAGGAAAAGAGGAAACUGAGAAGACGGCAAAAGGAGCAGCAGAAGCCGUGUCUGGAGUGCAGCACUCUGCAGCGUGAGGGGAGGCGGGUGAGGAAGGCCCGGAACCGCAGGCAAGAGUGGAACAUGAUGUCGGUGGACAGAGAGCUGCGUUCAGACCGCUCACGUCCUCAGACUCUGAGCCGGGGAGCAUCGUCGGAGAGCGCCCUCUGUCUGCACAGCAGACCGGACCUCCUCAACCACCCCGUCCCUCCCCCGCCCCCCCACGCUGCUUGUCGCUCUGCCAAGUCUGUUGAUUUUAUCCCUGGGAACGUGAACUCAUCACCACCUGUGGAGCAUGAAUACCACAGCAUUGACGUCAACUACAAGAGAGUGACCUACGCCCUGCCAGAUCCUCAGGCUGAAGACAGACAGAAGGGCUCGGUACUGCCACCUGCAGGCCAUAACUGUAUGCCCCUGCCUCCACUUCCACACCUACCUCUACCCCCACCUCCACCUCCAGGACCUCCGCCUCCAGGCCCUCCUAUCCCAUCAGCACAGACAGCUUUUGCUUUCCCUCUGCCACCAUCACCACACGAUGGAGUCUUGCUCGUCGGCCCGGGCUUCCCGCUUCCACCUGUCCCACCUUCAGGACCUCACAUGGUUUCUCCCCCUCAUGGUCCACCACCUCCACCUCUCCUUCCUCCCCCAGCUUCUCCGUCAUGUCUUCCGUGUCACAGCAGUGGGAGCAGAGCUGAGACUAAACCUGUGGGAGAUGCCAGAAGUGAUCUUCUGGCCGCCAUACGUGUGGGCAUCAAGCUAAAGAAAGUCCAGGAACAACAGGAGCAGCAGGACAAACGAGAGCCGGCGGGGAACGACGUGGCCUCCAUCCUGUCCCGACGUGUCGCUGUGGAGUUCACCGACUCCGAGGACGACUCAGAGCAGGACGAAAAGGACUGGUCAGACUGACUGACCCUGGCGUUCAUCCAGGGGUCACAUGUUGGCAUUCUAAUAGUAAUAACUGAACAGAAAAACACUGAGGGUUGAAAACACUGAUCAAAUUGAGAAAAUACCUGAGCUUUAACCUUUGGAAAUUAUCUGUCUUUGAAUUUUUGGACCUACCCUCCAUAUGUUCUUGUCCAAAAAUCCUCUCUGUGUGAAUGUCAUUUGAACAGUUGCAGUUUUGUAUCCUCUAAUGUAAUGAAACAUUCCUCACAUUAUGUUUGACCUCACACUGUUUUAAAUGUCGUCUUAACUUGUGUCCAAUUUUAAAAUCAAACGUGGAACAUGUUCAGAACAAGUGAUAACAGUAAUAAUAAUAAUGCUGUGUCAGUACAUUGCUGCUGUUUAUUGAUUGACAGGUAAACAGUCUGAAAAUUAUUGUUUUGUAACACUGUCUCUUUAAGGGCUCCGUGUAAUCCAACCAGUCCCUAAACAUAUCAAUCAUUUUCAGC